CCCAGCUGGAUUGUUUGUGAUCUUUGUCUUUGUCAUAGAUGAAAUCAAGAUCAUCCAUCCAUCCAAAUUUCAAUGGCCCAAAAUAUUUCUCUCUCUCUCUCUCUCUCUCUCUCUCUCUCUCUCAGUUUGUUUUCUGAUUGACUCCUCCGCCUCCUUGUUGUUUGGCGUGCCUUCUUUCUUGGAUUGCUGCUGCUGCUGCUGCUGCUGAUUGGUGAUUGUCGAUUGUCGAUUCAGUCCAGCUGAGGGAGGGAGGGAGGGAGCAAGGAAAGGAAAGGAAAGGAAGGAGGGCACCGCCAAGCCAAGCCAAGCCAAGCCAAGCAAAGUCUUCUUCUUGCUAUUUUUGCACAGUUUCGUUAUUCGUUGGUUGUCAGUUACACAAGGAAGGGUUUCUAGAAAUUUCCUUCCCCUUUCCCUAUAUGGAGUCGGAGAAGAAGAAGAAGAAUAAUAAUACUGCUACUACUAAUAAUAGUCAUCACAAUAAUACCGGGGGCGGGGGAUCAGACCCCCAACCCUCCUCCGCCUCCCCGCCGCCCACCGAGGAGCUGCUCAAGAAGAUCCACGACCUUGAGCUGGGGCACGCCCACUUGAAGCAAGAGAUGUCUAAGCUCAUCACUCUAUCCGCUACCGAAAUUAUGGCUGCUGAUCGUCAACGCAGGCAGAGGUCUCAAUCAAUUUCCCCCCAGAGGGCUCCCCGGCGGAGGGCCGCUGCCGCCGGAGAUGGCAGCUCUCUCGCCUCCUGGAGAAUGGGCUCCGCUUCAUUCCGGCAUUCGUCUCCGUUGCAGAGGGAGAGUCGCAACAGGGAUGCAUGUAGCGGCGGCGGCGGCGGGGGCCCUGCGGCGGUGAAUCUCACGGACAAGCAGUAUUUGAAUAUACUGCAGUCAAUGGGGCAGGCAGUGCAUAUAUUCGAUCUGAAUUGUCGGAUAUUUUACUGGAAUAGAAGCGCCGAGCAUCUUUAUGGGUAUUCUGCUGCAGAGGCUCUGGAACGUGAUGCGAUCCAGCUGCUAAUUGAUUCGCAGGACUAUAGUGUGGCUAAUAACAUCAUACAUCGUGUGAUCAUGGGGGAGAGUUGGACUGGGCAAAUUCCGGUUAAAAAUAAGAAUGGGGAGAAGUUUUUAGCCGUUGCAACCAACACCCCUUUCUACGAUGAUGAUGGCACUUUGGUUGGAAUUAUAUGCGUGUCAAGUGAUUCCAGGCCUUUUCUCGGCGAAAAAGCUCUAGUGCCCGAGCCGGACAAUGAUCCACGUCCUAGCAGGCCAAGAAGCAUUGCUAACGCCAAACUAGGACUUGAUCCUCAGCAACCUCUGCAAGUAGCUAUUGCCUCCAAAAUAUCGAAUUUGGCUUCAAAAGUGAGCAAUAAAGUCAAGUCAAAAAUGAGGCACGGAGAUAACCUCUCCGAUCGCGAGGGCGGAAGUGGGGAUAGUCACCAUUCUGAUCAUGGAUUUUCGGAUGCUGCCAUGUCUGAUAACAGGGAGGAUGCUGCCUCAAGUGGAGCUAGUACUCCAAGAGGAGAUGCCCAACCUCCUCCCUGUGGGGUGUUCUCUCCUGCUAACCAGGACGAUGGUUCACCCCGAAAACUAUCCAGAGAUUCUGGUGAUGAGAGUGAAGGAAAAGCUGGUAUUUCUAGGAUCCUUACCUCGAGGGCGGAGGCUUGGAUUAGUAAGAAAGGUUUGUCAUGGCCAUGGAAAGGAAGCGAAUGUGACUUAGCAGAGCCAAAGUCUUCCCGAUUUGGCUGGCCAUGGUUAUAUAAUGACCAAGAAAAUGAGUUUGUUCAGCGAAAGAGUGCCACAGGAAAGACAGAGUAUCAAGUUUCUGAAGCCAAUCGAACAUCUAAUAAUGAUGCACCAGGUUCUUGGUCCUCUUCAGUCAAUGUCAACAGCACUAGCAGUGCCAGCAGUUGUGGAAGUACUAGCAGUAGUGCUGUAAAUAAAGUUGAUAUGGACACUGACUGCUUGGAUUACGAAAUCUUGUGGGAGGACUUGACUAUUGGGGAACAAAUUGGGCAAGGUUCUUGUGGAACUGUAUAUCAUGCUCUGUGGUAUGGAUCAGAUGUUGCCGUCAAGGUAUUUUCCAAACAAGAUUAUUCUGAUGAUGUCAUAUUUGCCUUCCGACAGGAGGUGUCACUUAUGAAAAGACUUCGUCAUCCGAAUAUUCUUCUGUUCAUGGGUGCAGUUACUUCUCCCCAACGCCUUUGUAUUGUUACAGAGUUUCUUCCACGUGGGAGUCUGUUCCGGCUGUUGCAGAGGAAUACAGCAAAAUUAGAUUGGAGACGCCGUAUUCACAUGGCUCUGGAUGUUGCACGGGGAAUGAAUUACCUUCAUCAUUGCAACCCGCCUAUAGUUCAUCGUGAUUUGAAAUCUUCUAAUCUUCUUGUUGACAAGAACUGGACUGUCAAGGUUGGUGACUUUGGUCUGUCACGUCUUAAACGUGAAACAUAUUUGACGACAAAGACAGGCAAAGGAACGCCUCAGUGGAUGGCGCCAGAAGUUCUUCGUAAUGAACCUUCUGACGAGAAGGCUGAUAUAUAUAGCUUCGGAGUGAUACUAUGGGAGCUUGUUACUCAUAAGAUUCCUUGGGACAACCUUAAUUCAAUGCAGGUGAUCGGCGCGGUGGGCUUCAUGAACCAGCGGCUGGAGAUACCGGAUGGUGUUGAUCCGCAGUGGGUGUCUAUCAUAGAGUGUUGCUGGCAUAGCGAACCACAAUGUCGUCCUUCGUUCCAAGAAAUAGUGGAGAAGCUAAAAGAUAUGCAGAGACAGUGUGCAGUUCAAUAUCAUGCUGGACGUGGUGUCAGUGGCGGCGAGAAGGAAGUUUAGAUUGGAUUCCAGCAGGGAGCAAGUUGAGUGAACAUUGUGCCCGCCUACUGCUGUUUGUGUCGUUUGUUGCGUGAUAUGCGAUGGCAGCAGAAGGUGGGAAUGCUAUUUUUGUGAAGGGGAGCAAAAGAGAGACAGAGAGAGAGAGAUGGAGAGAGCCAGCAGAAGAUCAAAACAUAAUCGUCAUCAGCAGCAGCAGAAGAAGAAGAGAGAUUAGAUUCUUUGUCAGUAACUAACACACACAGGACAGCAACCCGGCUGGCUACAAUUGUUUAUGUGAAUGAAGGUGUAAGGGGUAAGUGAGUAAGUACCCUUGAUGGCCUGCCUGUUGUCUGUCUAGAGAUAGUGAGUGGUGCACGGAGGAGGAGGAGGAGGAGGAGGAGGAGGAGGAGUUAGCCGUCAUUCUUUGUUGUUGGGGGGAAGGAACCCUACACUACACUACACAUUCUUUUCUUUACGUACAGUCUGUUUUGUUGUGUUGUGUUCACACACAAAUAUUGAUGAUGCUUGCUUGCAUUAUACUAGUAUAUGCUAUGCCUGUGAAAUCAUAUCAUACAAGGCGAGCACCUGGACAGGGUGAUAAUUGACUCUGCUGCAGGGUGCCAGCCAGCAUUGGCAAGCUAUGAAUGCGAAUAUGAAUAUGAAUAUGAGUGAUACU